AUGUCGCUGCCAGCCACCGACCAAGCUGCCACGGCCGCCUCCACAUCGGCGUACUUUGCUCGGCCCAACCCCACCGCGAGCCUCUUGCUCUCGCACAGGCCGCCAGCCGGCAAGCUGGUGCUCGUACUGGGCACAGGCAAGCUCGCUGCAUCUCGAUGCUUUGCGUGUCUCGAAGCGGGCAUCAGGCCUGUGGUGCUUAGCGUCGCUGCAUCCCCAGCGAACCAAGCUUGUGCCGAGAUCCAGCACCGCAUUGACUCUGCGCAGGCGUUGCAUCAUUCCAUCGAGAGCAACGCCUUGUCGACAGUAGAUUCGGUAGAACAAUGCUGGAACCACAUCCUCGACACAUACGAUGGCGAAGACAACGAUAUCUUUGCCGUCUGCAUCACCGAUACCCUGCACUCUGGUGAUGAACCGAGCGCAUCAGCGAGCACUGCCUCCAGGAACAAGCCAAGUCUCGAUGGCGAUGACGAGCUACUGGACACCGCCGCACCGCUCACAUCGUAUGCCCGAGCCGAAAUCAUCAGCCGGCUGUGCCGAAAGCGACGCAUCCCCAUCAAUGUGGCCGACAAGCCUAACCUUUGCGACUUUUCCUUCCCCGCCAGCUACCGCUUCCCUUGCACCAACCCCAUCUCGCCACUUGAUAGCACCGGGGACGCCAUGCUUCAGAUCAGGUCCACCGAAGUGGUCUUCUCAUCCUCGCUACAGAUAGCUGUCACCACCAACGGGCGUGGCUGCCGACUCGCAGGUCGCCUCAGGCGAGAGAUCGUGUCGGCGCUGCCGCACAAUGUCGGAGAUGCCGUGGAGAAGGUGGGCAUCAUGCGUGAUCUGGCCAAGCGGCAGGCGGAGAAGCCUCAGGAUGCAUCUGGCAGCGCAGCCGCAACCGUCGGCGCAUCCGCCUCAUCUCCGCUCAAGCGCCUCAAGCGCAAUGCAGCACGCGCAGGCAAAGACGGCACAGCCGAUGUCGAAGAGGAAGAUCUCUCCUUCGACACGACGCCGCUCAACAGUCCCGUCCCGCAGCUCGUGCCCAAGAACCCGUUAGAGAGCGUGACCACCAACGCGCGUCUCAAGCAGCUGCAGGUCGAGAUCCAGGCACGCCACGAGCAAGAAGCGCAGCAGGCCGAAGAGAGGACCAAACGCAGGAUGCGCUGGGUGGCGCAGAUCAGCGAAUACUGGCCGAUCGAAUACCUCGGCAACCUCGCCGAACAGCAGAUGAAGGACGCCCUUCGCGCGCAUGGCGAAGAGCAGUCAGCCCCAGUGCCGCCUGCUACCACCGCUGUUGGUGCCGAUGCAACUCAGCACAGGGAAGGCCAAAACAUCAACGAGCCAUCUUCGCGCGGUCGAUCCACUGCUCCACGUGCAGAUCAAGAUGCUUCCGCUGAGCCAUCAGCUUCGCUGGCCCAGCGAGCGCGGUCGCAACACUCGCUCGAUAUCCGCCCGCCGCCUCCCGAGACGGCGCGCAAGGGCCACAUCUACCUUCUCGGGUCUGGGCCCGGCCAUCCAGGCCUGCUCACCACCAUGGCAUACAAGCUGCUCACUUCUGCCUCGACGGACCUUAUCUUGUCGGAUAAGCUCGUGCCCGCCGCAAUUCUGCGGCUGAUUCCGCAGAGCACGCCGCUGGAGAUCGCCAAGAAGUUCCCGGGCAAUGCGGAGGGCGCGCAGUCGGAACUCGUUGCCAAGGCGCUUCGCGCGGCGCUCGAGGAGGGCAAGACGGUGGUGCGCCUCAAGCAAGGCGAUCCGUUUGUGUACGGGCGCGGCGGCGAGGAGGUGCUCGCCUUCCGACGUGCGGGCAUCGAGUGCACCGUGGUGCCCGGCAUCAGCAGCAGCAUCGCAGCGCCCGCCAUGCUCGGCAUUCCCGUCACCCAGCGCGGUGCGGCCGACUCGCUUGUGCUUUGCACUGGCGUCGGUAAGGGUGGCAAGAAGGUCAAGCUGCCCGGAUACGAUCGUGGCCGCAGCCUCAUCGUGCUCAUGGGCGUCGCCCGGCUGGCAGCCGUGGUGGCCACGCUCACUGCAGGCGGCUCGUUGGGCGCAGUUGACGCCGACAGCAUCGGCGACCGCGAGGGCGCCGUGUUUCCACCGUACACGCCCAUCGCCAUCAUCGAGCGCGCCAGCUCGUCCGACCAGCGCAUGGUGGCGAGCACGCUCGAUGGCAUCGUCGAGGCUAUGGAGAAUACGGGGGAACAGAGGCCGCCGGGCAUGAUGCUCAUCGGGUGGUCCGUGCUGUCCCUCGAAGGCGACGGCGAUACCACGAUCCAGGACGACGCACUGACUAUUGAGUCGGAGCAGCAGCUCGAGGCCAAGGACCGCGAACGCGUGCAGAGGUGGCUCAAGGGUCGACGCUGGAUCGUGCGCGAGGGUCUCGACCAGUCGUACCGCGAUGCGCUCGCUGCCUUCCACACUGCACCUCUCCAGCUGCCGGCAGUAGCCCUGACCCACCAUCAAGAUGAAAAGGCGCAAGUGGCUGGUGCAGACGCAGAGGAUGCGGAGCGCUUCAGCAAGCGCGACGAGAGUGGCUGGGCUCCUGCCCGCUAUGCGACCGGUGUGCCCGAGGGCGGCUGGAUGGCAGGCGAAGCACCCAACCGACCUGCGACCGACGAGCUCGCAUACGAGCAGGACAAGACCUACGCCGAGAUCCAAGCUAAGCUUCGCGCCGUCUAG